AAAUGAGAAAUUGAAAAUUCUUCUUCAUUUUGGAUCUGGCUAGCGAUCGUUGUGGAAUCCAGUUCAGAAUACAGCACUAUUUAAAAACUAAGUAAAAAGCGGGAACAAGUCACCAAUAAUCCUUUAAAAUAUGGAAAAAGAUGAAGUGGACCUUAAAAAUAAUGAAAUAAGUUUAGAAGAUAUCUUAAAGUCAGAUGAAGAUGAUGCUGGUGACAGCAAAGAUAACAUGACAGAAGAAGAUUUUGAAAACGAACUAGAAAUUGAAGAUCAACCAGAAGAAGACGAUGAAAUUGAAGAAGAACAUGAUGAUAACACAAAUGGUUUUGAGGAAGAUUAUAAUUAUGACGAAGAAAUCGGAAGUAAGGAAGAAGAAAAGAAAAUACAGACAAAACGACAACUAAAUGAGAAAUGCAUUUUGCAAAAUCCGCAAACUAAAACUAUAACCAUUGUUCGCAAAGAUAUCAAAAAAUCCGCCGCGUCUUCAUCGACAUACAGAAACUAUGGAACACAACCUACCAUCUUGAACAAUAUGAUGCAAAAUAAGGUUUUAGGAUCUUCAUCAGGUUUUAUAAGGAUUGCUCCGAGAUCAACUACAGUCACCAAUACUUCAUCUUCAUCAUCAUCAAUGACAACCGUUGCCAAAAAUGCAAAUGGCAAAAUAAUAUACUUACAGAGACCGGGAGGUAAAACUGUCCCUGUUCGUGUUCCAACCACUAUAACAACAAAUACUCCCACAUCCAAUCCAUCAAAGCAGACACUUGCAAUUCAUGUUAUGCGCAAUGCGGAGGGUAAUUUUGUUCCCUACAAAUCAGGUAAGGAUGUCAAUGUCCCAAACGCCAUGCCGGGGAACAAUAAACUAACUGCAAGUCCUGGAGGCGGAAAAGUACUCGUGAAAGCUCCAAUAAAAGCUCUUCCUAACUCUACUACGCAGUCGGGAUCAAGAGCAAUGGGUUCAACUGUUAUAUCGUCCGUUGAAUCAAAACCAAAAGUAAGACAAGUUGUAACAACAAGACAAAUUAUGGCGAAUCCAAAUAAUGGAGGUGGCAAGGUAUUGGUUCAAGGUACGUCUGGAAAUGCUCGUCAAGUCAUGGUAUCAGGGAAUAUGAUAAAAUUGUCACCAAACACUUCGAGUGGGCAAUUACAAACUGUUCAGAUACCUGGAAAACCCGGUUUUCAGUACGUUCGGGUAUUGAAUAGCUCGCAGAGCGGAAUGUCUCAGCAUAAAAUUUCCUCAUCUGAUUCUUCGACUACGCACAAGUACACAGUAGUAAACCAGGCUAACAAGCAAUCAAUAGUUGUUAAAUCUCCAUUAACUGACAAGGAUAGGCAAAUAAAAAUGACAACAGUUCCGACUUAUCGUAAAAUAAAUGAUGUAAUAGUACGAACAAAUGAAGGUGGAACACAGAAUUUGGUAAGAACUCAGAAGAUUUCCCAAAUCAAUUCGCAAAUUGGGAGAUUUUGCGGCACAUCGAAUACAAAGAUCCAGAUUAAACCUGAUGCAUCCCAAAAUAAAUGCUUUGUUGUAUCGAAAUCAUCUUUGAUUCGCAAUUCAGUAACUAGUCAAAAUCUGAAAUUAAUGCAACAACGUCAAUCGAUAAUUGACUCCCGUACAGAUACAGCAUCCUCAGCCGUAUCUAGGUCCAAUAUUUCACCUCCACCGGCAAAAAAACUUUAUAGCAUCCUUCGACCAACAAACGCUGAGUCACAACAAUUUAAAUCUGAAGUAAAGGCAGAACCCUUGCCUUCAAAGCAAAAGGCUGAGCCUUUUAUUUCAAAAUAUGGUAAACCAACUACCACUGUUUCAUCUAAUAUUGCUGUUGGCAAAACAACACCUAGGUUAUCGCUGACAGGAACAUCCCCACCACCAUCUGACGACUCUAGCAACGUGACUAUUAGGCGAAAACAUUGUAACUGCACUAAAUCACAGUGUUUGAAAUUGUAUUGUGAUUGCUUUGCUAAUGGAGAAUUCUGUCAAGACUGCAACUGUAAGGAUUGUUUGAACAAUUUGGAAAAUGAAGACGAACGACAAAAGGCUAUACGAAUUUGCCUAGAAAGAAAUCCAAAUUCUUUUAAACCAAAAAUAACAGCUGCUGCCAACGAAAGUGACCAAAGGUUACACAACAAAGGUUGUAAUUGCAAAAGAUCAGGUUGCUUGAAAAACUACUGCGAAUGCUACGAAGCAAAAAUACCAUGUUCAUCUAAUUGCAAAUGUGUUGGAUGUAGAAAUGUAGAUGACCAUCCAGACCUUGACAUGGAUACAAAAAAAUGUCCAAUUUCCACAAAUAUUUCAAGCAAUAGAGGAAAAAGAACAUAUGAAAUGAUAACACCUAAACUUCAGAGUACAUCGGUACUUACACCGGCUGUGACAGCAUCAAUGGUUGCGUCUAGCGGCGCAUCAGUAGAGAAACAACCUUGUAAUUUCAUCACUCAGGAAGUUGUAGAUGCAACCAUACAAUGUUUAAUAGCUCAGGCAGAUGAGUGCGAAAAAGGUGAACUUACACCAUAUCAAACCGAAAAAAUGGUCAUGGAGGAAUUGGGAAGGUGUCUUGUGGAAAUAAUUGACUUUUCGAUUCGUAAUACCGAUUAAAUCUUACACAAUUCCCAAAAAGGUCGAACUAAAGUUAGUGUGUUAAUAGAUAAUAUACAUAUAUAAAUAUAUAUAUAUUUAUAUAUAUAUAGUACGUAUAACAGUUAUUAAUGUUAGUUAAACAAAAUUAACUUUGCAAUUUAUAUUAGUGUAUAAAGCUUUCAAUAUUUAGUUAGUUUUAAAUCAAAAUAAUGGAUGUUUAGCUCCAAUUUUACUUUAUAGUGUUCGUGUUUUUAUUUUAAUUAACCUAGACAUUCUUUUCAAAAGAAAUAACAAAUAUGAUUGAAGUAACAGUACGAUUAUUAAACUGUUUCUAUGUAAGAUAAAUUGUAAUGUUGCGAGGAUUUAACAUUUAUUAAAGAACUAAGUUAGAAAAUAA